CCCUGUUCUGCGCCGGGAGCUCUGCAGGCUUGCGCGCGCGCACCGUUCGCUGCGCUAGGCGCGCGCCGCGCUCGAGCCAUGGCGAGCGUGACGCCGGUUGCGGGCACGUUCCAGGUGCAGGCGCCGCCGGGUGCGCCGGCGGGCAGCCUCAUGCAGGUGACGGCGCCGAACGGGGCAUGCGUGCAAGUGACGAUUCCCCCCGGCACGCCCCCCGGCGGCGUCUUCGAGGUGACGAUGCCGCCCGCGCCGGUCGUCGUCGGGCAGCCGGUCGUCGUCGGGCAGCCCGGCGUCGCGGCCGCGCCGGCGCCGCCGCGGCCGAGCCCCCUCGACGCGUCGGUCGGACCCAACGCGUGGGCGCACGGCCUCUUCGACUGCGACGGCCUGGGCUGCUUCGACUGCCUCACGCUCGGACUUUUUGGAGGGAGUUGUCGCUACUGCGACGCGGUCGCCUGGUCGGGCGUGGACCCGCUUCAGUUUAAUGCCGACAGGGGCGGGCGCUGCUGCAUUUUUUGUCUUGCCAUAUCCAUCGAGGUGGUCCCGUGCCAGGCCAUCGCCGCGCACACGAUGGCCAGGCUGGCCGUGGCGAGAAAAUACGGGAUUAACCAGACGCUGCUGCACGCGUGCUGCAUCUCGUGCUGGUGCCCGUGCUGCGCGUUCCGCCAGGUCGAGCGGGAGGUCCUUGCGCAGGAGAAGCUCCGCUGGGGGUGCUGCGGCUUCUCCGCCGGGGCCGCGCCCGUUGCUUCGGGCGCCUAGAGGGCACCGCGCCCCCGCACAGGGGUGAAGGGAGGUCGGCGCGGAAGACGUCGAUCGCGGCGCCCCGGCCGGACCGCAACGCGCGGACGGCGUCGUGAACGCCAUCGGCAGCCGCCGCCGGUUCGGCGCCGGGCGAAGGUUGCGUAAUAUCUUGAUUUACUCGGGGAGACGGAC